UAAUAGCUAACUUCUUUUUGUCGGACUUGUUCCGGAGUCGGACCGGAAACAGCGUGAGGUUACCAAAGUCUUUUCGGCAUUGCUUCGUCUGCCGAGUGUUUAUGCGGUUGCCGAACCACUGUUUAAAUCAGGUCAGUCUAUUAAAUUCCGCAGCUGGAGGCUCUGGUCUUCUUUCAGAGGUGUCAACCCCACAGAGAAGAUGUUUAGAAGUGCCACAGCACAGAUUGUCCGGCAGGCGGUGAGAUACAGGAGCACAGACGCAAGCCUCAUUCUGGAAAGAUCGAUAAAUAAGGUGCAGCUUCUGGGGCGAGUUGGUCAGGACCCGGUGAUGAGGCAGGUGGAGGGUCGCAACCCCGUGACCAUCUUCUCCCUGGCGACCAAUGAGAUGUGGCGCUCUGGGGAAGGAGAGACAACCUCCACAGGUGACGUCAGUCAGAAGACCACGUGGCACCGAGUUUCGGUCUUCAAACCUGGUCUGAGAGACGUAGCCUACCAGUAUGUCAAGAAAGGGUCCAGGGUCCUUGUGGAGGGAAAACUGGACUAUGGAGAGUAUGUGGACAAGAACCAAGUCAGACGUCAGGCUACCACCAUCAUAGCAGAUAACAUCGUAUUCCUGAGUGACAACGUGAGAGACAGGACCUGAAGGACAUUUUUCCUCCUCCCUCGGCCAACGGGAUGACUUCAUUGUAUUUUCUGGUUUCUAAAACAAAAGAGAAGAAGACUUUAUGGCACCAAAGUAAAGGUACCGUUUUUUUGGAAGAACAGAUUCAGAAUAAGACGAUGUUUGCCUGUGGCUCCCCCUGCUGGUGGAAAUGAACACUUUGAGCCUUCAGGCGGAGCAGGAAGAACCCACUCUUGUUCCAAACCUCCACUGAUCAUGAGUGCGAUCGAGCUAUGUGUUCAUGGCAGUUUCAAAUAUGUUAAACCCCUGUUUGUGUUUCCUGACGUUUCCUGUGCAAAUUUGUUGCAAAAUGGCCUGCAACCAAAAAGAUGAUUCCAUCCAGAAUGUUUCUGAUAAAUCUACGUUUUUCUUCAUCUUUGUUAAGAGAUACUGUCAUCCAUACUUACUUGAUAAAGGAGUUUUAUAGUUUAGAUUAUUAUAUGACGAAUACUCAACACAACUUUUCUUUUUCUUUUCUUUUAGCAUCAGGAACACUGCUAAGCUUUUGUAAAACGGCCAUUAUCAUGUUACUGCUACCCUAACAACACAUAUAACAUGUUAAUAAAACCCUCAGAAACUCAACAUUUGUAUUUGAAUAAAAGCAGACUUGAUAUUGCCGAUCGAAAAUGUUUUUCUCAGUAUGUUUCAUUACCCUGGAGACUGCAAAAGUUAGUUUUUUUCCCACCCCCUGACACUUUACUUGGUGCCAAACUGUCUCGUUCUAAAAGUGAAGCGUUUCAAAGAGAAAAAGCAGUGUUAGGUGAUGUGAUUCAGAGUUGAGUCAUCCCACCUUCCGUCUCGUCUGCACACAUAAAGAUAAUUUGUCUGAAAGGGAAAACAAAGGAUUAAUCUUGUCUUUGGUGCACAGCUGGCUUCAGCACUGGACAACUUGCUUGUGCAAAAUAUGAUGAAAAUGACUAGUGAAAUGGUUCUGACCUGUAAACAGCUAACUUGUAUGUAUUUUCAUGCUGAUGUCUCUUGAUUGAAGGAGGCUCAUUUGCAGAAAAAAGUGCUGAUGACUAAAAAGGCCCAGCAGUUUGUAAUUGUAGAGAAAGGGCCUUUAAAUUUGGCCUAGUUUCUAUGGCACCAUGGUUUAUAUCACUUACAACAGUGUUCUAUGUUUGCAAAUUUCCAGCUGUUAUCACAAUGAUCUGGGGGCUGAGUCAUUGCUUCCACAUCCCUGAUGUUUGUUCAUAGCUUGUUU